AUGAUGACAGGAGAGAUCGAGACCGGUACCGGGAUCGGGAUCGUCGAGACUUUGCCCGAGACGCAAGGCGUCGCAGUCGUUCUCGGAGCCCCCAUGAUCAGCGUCGAAAUCGCGACCGAGAUAGGGAUCGCGACCACGAAAUUCGCCGACGUGACCGUUCCGCAGACCGCCGAGAUGAUGACCAUUAUCGAGGCGGAAGGGACCGUAGACGGUCGCGUGAUCGCCCCUAGGCGAGGUGAUAGCCGCGAGCGACGCACGGCGUCCAAUGAGAACACAAAGGCGAAGUUAUCUGAUGCAGAAUUAAAACCAAAACCUGCGCCCGCCCAGUCUGAUGCCGACAAGAAAGCUGAACGUCUCGCAAAAUUAGCAGCAUGGAAGAAGAAGCAGGAGGAGAAAGAGAAACAGAAAGACCCAACUCCAGGUGGAACGCGGAAGCUUUUAGCUGAAAUGGACCAAAAGGCUAACACUGCACCUUCUAAUUCAACGCCCACAGGAGCCUCCCCAGCGCCAAUAUCGCCUGCUGAGACGCAAGUAACCGCCCCGGCGGCCCCCUACGCCGGUAAAUUUGACCCCAAAGCCAUCGCAAAGAAAUCUGCCCCGAAGACACACACUCCAAGUACUGCACCUAAAUUAGGAGUCGUUGCGGGUCAACCACCCGCAGCAAGUCUUCCGUUAACAGCUAAAGCUCCACGUGUUUCUGCUCUCCCACAAAGUAGAGCUAAGACAAGCGGGUUUGGCUUCCACAAGCAGAAUGCAGAAACCGAGAAGGUUUCGCAGAAGCGGAAAUUAAUACUAGAUGAAGACGAUGCAUCGGACAGAAAACUUGCUAAGCUGCCUUCCCUCUUACCCCUUGGUGACGUUGAUGAUACGCCAUAUGAGAAUCAGGAUGAAGAGGAUGACGACGAUGACGCAGACCACUUCGCCGGAGAUGAGGCUGAAGAGGCUGCUCUCGCUCGCGCAGCCCAGGAGAGACGAGAGGAACGUAUUGCCCAGGAGAAUGCCCAGCAAGGAACGGAGAUGCAAAUCGACCACGGCGAAGACGAAUCUGCCCCUGAGACGAAUGGCGUCGUUCAAGCUGUCCAUCCGAAUGAAGCUAUGGAAGUAGACGAGGACGACGUCGAUCCCCUUGACGCCUUCAUGAAUGACCUUGAGACUAAGCCUGUCGCGAGUAAACCUCCCAAAACAAGUCUGAGCAAGAGUAAGGAUUCACAAGAACCCGAGGCAUACUUCAGCGAGGACGAGUACGAUUAUCGAAAUGAGAACGUUGAGCCCGAUUCGUUCUUGGCUAUCGCGGCGAAAGCACGCAAGAAGAAGGACAUUCCGUCCGUGGACUACAGCAAGGUCGACAUAGAACCCGUUCGAAAGAACUUCUGGGUUGAACCAGCUGAGUUGUCGGAGAUGACCGAAGCCGAAUUAGCAGACCUGCGUAUCGAAUUGGAUGGAAUCAAGGUAUCUGGUAAGGACGUACCUAAGCCAGUCCAAAAAUGGUCUCAAUGCGCCUUAUCACGAAAGACGCUUGACAUCGUUGAUAGUUUGGGUUACGAAAAACCCACGCCGAUCCAAAUGCAGGCCUUUCCCGCGAUCAUGUCUGGCCGAGAUGUCAUCGGUGUUGCAAAGACUGGCUCCGGAAAGACCCUCGCCUUUCUGUUACCUAUGUUCAGACACAUCAAGGAUCAACGACCUCUCAAAGAGAACGAAGGUCCUAUUAGUCUGAUUAUGACUCCUACACGUGAGUUAGCUACCCAAAUACACAGAGACUGCAAACCGUUCCUAAAAUCGAUGAAUCUACGGGCGGUUUGCGCAUAUGGCGGCGCACCCAUCAAAGAUCAUAUCGCCGAAUUGAAGAGGGGCGCAGAAAUCGUCGUAUGCACUCCAGGUCGCAUGAUCGAUCUGCUGGCGGCUAAUCAGGGCCGCGUAACGAAUCUAAAGAGAGUCACUUACGUCGUUCUUGACGAGGCAGACAGAAUGUUUGACAUGGGAUUCGAACCACAGGUGAUGAAAAUAUUCGCCAAUAUGCGGCCGGAUCGGCAGACGAUUCUGUUCUCGGCCACCAUGCCACGCAUCAUGGACGCCCUAGCUAAGAAGGUCUUGAACAGCCCGGUAGAGAUCACUGUAGGAGGUAGGAGCGUCGUUGCUCCGGAGAUCACUCAAGUUGUCGAGAUUCGGGAAGAGAAUACGAAGUUUGUUCGCCUACUUGAGCUCCUGGGCGAGCUUUACGACAAGGAUGAAGAUGCUCGAACGCUGGUGUUCGUGGAGCGUCAGGAGAAGGCGGAUGAUUUACUAAAAGAGCUGAUGCGCAAAGGCUACCCUUGCAUGUCAAUCCACGGCGGAAAGGAUCAGAUUGACAGAGAUUCGACCAUUGAAGAUUUCAAACAUGGCGUCAUUCCCAUCCUCAUCGCAACAUCCGUGGCAGCUCGUGGUCUUGACGUCAAGCAGCUAAAACUUGUCGUGAAUUACGAUGCCCCUAACCAUCUCGAAGAUUAUGUGCAUCGUGCUGGCCGCACUGGGCGUGCCGGAAACAAGGGAACAGCAGUCACUUUUGUUACUGGAGAACAGGAGAAUUGCGCGCCAGGAAUCGCGAAGGCUCUGGAGCAAAGCGGCCAGUCAAUUCCGCCACAACUUGAUGAAAUGCGCAAGGCCUUCAGGGACAAGGUUAAGUCUGGCAAAGCCAAAGACCAGUCAGGCUUCGGUGGAAAGGGGUUGGAGCGUCUUGACCAAGAGAGGGAGGCGGCUCGCUUGAGAGAACGGAAAUCGCAUAGGACAGAGGGCGAUGAAGAGGAGGAGAAGAAGGAGGAAAAAUCUGGAGAGGAUAAGAAAGGUGACAAAGCCCUGUCGGCCAUUCAAACAGCCGCCUCAGGUAUCAUCUCCCGCGAUUCUGCUGCUCCUCCCAAGGUUGAUCUUGAACCGAAAUUUACCAUCCAUAAAAGGGAAGAUGCCCCGGCGUCCGCGAGCGGCAACAAUCCCCUGGACAAAGUAUCUUCUGCCAUUAAUGCUAUUAAUGCGCGUCUGGGUCGUGCUGGCCAAUUAAGACCAGGCCAACCAAUCGAUAACAAGGGCCCAGAUGCUGGCGCGUUCCACGCAACCCUUGAGAUCAACGACUUCCCACAGAAAGCGCGUUGGGCCGUCACUAAUAGAACUAAUGUGGCUAAAAUUCUUGAGGCUACCGGCACUUCCAUCACUAACAAAGGCACAUUCUACCCGCCUGGGAAGGAUGUACCGCCUGGUGGUGAGCCUAAGCUUUAUGUAUUGGUGGAGGGCGAUACAGAGUUAAUGGUCGCCAACGCCAUGGCUGAGCUUACUCGCUUGCUGAAGGAGGGUACCAUAGCCGCAGCCGAUGCAGACAGCAGGGCUCCUAUCGGUGGUAGAUAUACAGUCACGUAA